AUGCGGCUCACCAGCGAGCUCAUCCACGAUUCCCUAUCCUAUCUCAACCCGCUCAAAGAGCGCGAAUUAGAUCUCCGAGGACACAGAAUCCCUGCGAUUGAGAAUCUUGGUGUGGCGGGUCCACAUGAUUCCAUCGACUUUACAGACAAUGAUAUCCAAGUCCUAGGCAACUUUCCGCUCUCACCGCGCAUCACGACCCUUCUGUUGGCUAGGAAUCGAGUCGCGAGCAUUCAGGCCAGCUUACCUAGUUCUGUGCCGAACCUGACGAAUUUGGUGCUGGCGUCGAAUAAUCUGGCCGAGUUGGCGGAUUUGGAUACACUGAAAGGGUUUGGGAGGCUGACGCAUUUGGUCUUGGUGGAUAAUCCAGUGACGAAGAAGGAGCACUAUCGGUACUGGGUUCUUUGGAGAUGUCCCACGGUCCGGUUUCUGGAUUACACCAAGGUUAAGGAGGCGGAGAGAGAACGUGGCCGCGAGCUGUUUGGAACAGAAGAGGAGCCCACGGCCCUUGCGUCCGAGAUUAUGGGCAAAAAGUCCAAGGCGUUUGAUGUUUCUUCCAACGGUGCCGCACAGACUUCCAAAUUGUCUAGGAUAAAGCUUACAGACGACGAGAAGAAGCGGUUACAGGAGAGGAUUAGAAAGGCUACAAGUCUGCAGGAGAUUAUUGCGCUGGAAAAGGAGUUGAACGAGGGGCGAUUGCCGGCUGGGAUUCACGCCGAUGCCAUGGAGGAGUAA